UGUAGUGACGAAUUUUAUGAAGUUUUGAAACUUGAGUGGACAACACAUAAUAUGGGAAAUGUUGGUCGGGCUGCUUGGAACGUUUUUAGAGUUGGUUUAUUCUGUACUGGACUAGCUCCACUAGCCGUACUUGGUGCAGCGGCAAUGAGAGCUAAAGAUUAUACACACGAGGCACUCCAUUUAUUUGUUCAUUGCCGCAAUUGUGGUCGUGAUAUGGAUGUUACUUGUGAGCUUCUAUCUUCUGGAAAGAAAAUGCGCUGGGGCCAUUAUGGAAACCAUCUUUAUCGAAGAAGCUCGAAAGAAUUUGAACCGCGUUUGUCUUACAAUAAGAUCAAAGAGAUAUACGAUGGGAUGUGGGAUAAAUACAACUUGGUGUUUAAGAAUUGUUUUAAUUGGGCAAAGGAUUUUUAUGGAAAAAUUUGUAAUUUGAUUUGA